ACCUCACUCUGGAGUCCAAGAACUUCUUGCUGUUCGACAAGGUGAAAGUCCAAUAAUGUAUACACACCUGAUAAAAAAUCGCUUUUAAACGUAAUAAAGACCAGCGAAAUGUCUUUCAACACUGGGCCGGUUGAAAAUAGCAGGUUCCCCUGGUAUAAGGAAAGGCUACAGACCAAAUAUCUAAGGGAUUUAAGCAAAAAUCAACAGUUAUCUGGGGCAUUAGAUGGUCGAAGUUGGCGUUUUCUUUCUCCUGGACAGGAUGAUUUUAGAGAUGGUUAUCCGACUGUUCAUAAAGCACUCUUCACCCAGUGUAAGUGUGGAACCUCCCCUGCAGUCUUUGGGAUGCCGAAGCACGCUUGUUCAGUGAAGUUACCGUCGAAGAAAUUGAGUAAAGAUCAAGCAUGUUACUCGAAGCAGAAUCCACAAUGUCAAGCCCAGCGGGAGUUCAUUGAUGCUGUGGAGUACAAACUGAAACAACACCCUCUUGCAAUCUACCCACAUCUGGAGAGUGGAAUGACACCAGAGUUAUUUGAGCAGGUGUUGUCAGUCCUGGACCCUGAUAUGUGUGUGAAUGGAGAAUUGGCCACAGCAUUUCAAACAAAGGAAUUAGAGCACCUGGUGGAGCGCAGACCCCAAUGUGAAAUGUCAGCUCCAGACUUCCUCAUAGAGACUGCAAAACCAUCCAUCACCAUCAAGCCUCAAAAGGGGACAUUUAAAGAGACCAGGCCAGCAAAUCCCUAUAAAUGGCAGGAACCUAGAGAUCCGGUGGCCAGUGUUAAACACCUCCAAUCUCUAUCUCAAGAAGAUGACAAGCUGAUGAUUACUAGGCCUUUCUGUGAAUGGAUGACUUCACUGGGUGGAGAGACCAAUGAUCUGACAGAGUCAACCAUCUUGGACUUGUUUAAGAGUGACUAUGAGAAGAAAACCUUCUUGGUCUUCCCUAUUAACAAGACAGAUCCUUAUAAAACUCUAGCAAAACUCGACAGCUCUGUAGAGGAGCAUCAUAAAGACCAGUCUCUUGAAACAUGCUUCAAGGAGUUGAACAAGGCCGAUAGACCAGACAGACCCCAGACUUCCAAAUCAUGGAAGAAGAAGGUUGCAAAUGUUCCUCUGAGAACCCCAUCUGAUAUUUCAGAAAGUGUAGACAUUGAAGAGCAACUGAGUGAGCAGGAUAAGGAGCUGAAGCAAAUUCACAUCAUGCAGGCAUUCAGGGAGUUCAUUAUCAGCAAGGGACGGAGAAUGCCUAGGUUUCUCAGUGCUGUCUUCUCUGACGAGGAUCAGGAUCAGAGGUUUAGACACUACAAGCACCAUAUCAACACCUGAAGGGAGAGCCUUCCAUUAGAGUAAUAUUCUCUUAUGGUGUUGUUACAUUGUACUUCAACAUUAAUGCAUCAUUUACAGGUUUAAAAUCCCAUGACUACAAUUUUUCAAGCUUAAAGAAAUGUUUUACCCUCAAACCAAAUUUCCGUUUCUUUAUUGGUCCCCUGUGACACUAACUAUGUGCUUAGAGUUUCCUCUAGAGCAUAUUUGGGAUGUUACAUAGUUUUCUUCAAUCAUUCAUAAAAUGUUCUAUGAAAACACACAUUUUGUUCUCAGCAUCCUUGUGGGAAUUGCAAGGGCUUUCUAAGAUUUUCAUUGGCAAGUAGCCUAAAUUAGAGUAUCGGCCUCAGAUGGCACUUCCAUGGAGCACCCACAGUUAACCACUCGAUAUAGUCUGAUUGGCUAGUUUGAUGGAACUUUUGCUUUUUGAAACUAUCUGUUAUCGGCAAAAAUCGAUGCUAAUAGUUGUCGAUAGUUUUAUUUAUUUAUUAUUCUUUAUUAAAUCUUUCAUCAUUGACAAUAUUCGUCCAUAUUUUAUUCUCACUAUCCUCAGAUAAUAAAGUUUUCAAAAUUCAAGCGAGGGCAUGCAAACAAAUUCUAUAAAAGUAUGUAUAUGGAUACAUGCUCUGUCAGCACAUACAUCUUGUCUCCAACUUCAUCUCUUGUGAAUUAUAAUUAACCUUAUUCCUCAUUAAAUCUAAUUAUUUAGGCUAUAAAAAGCUUAAUUUGGUAAAUACUUAAAUAUAGUUUCUGUCAUUUCAAAAUAAGAGUCCUCGUAUUUUGAGUUUAUUUAUAGUUAAAAGUUUGCGUUAUACACCAAAUCUUCAUUUGUUUAAAGUUAUUAUUGGGAUUUUGGUUGAUCAAUAAACUACAUCUGGGAUUUUAUUCAUUUUGGACUCUUGUAGCCUCUAUGUGUGUGCCCAUCAUUGUAAGGAAAGACAAAAUAAUUUGUUUAAGGUCCCUGAAGUGCCUUGACAGACGCAUUUCUC